AAACGGGGCUUGUAUUUUUACGGGGCUGUUAUUUAGAUUGUUGAUAUUUUGCUUUAUAAAGUAUAAAAAUAUAAAUCAAAAUGAGUGCGCUUUUCAACUUUCAAAGCCUUCUCUCAGUAAUAUUGUUGCUUAUUUGUACCUGCGCUUAUCUAAGGUCGCUUUUUCCUAGCAUCAUUGAUCGCAACAAAACUGGUGUUUUGGGCACAUUUUGGAAGCUAGCACGCAUCGGCGAAAGGAAAUCACCAUGGGUUGGAGCAGCAUGUCUAAUUAUGGCAUGUACUGUGUUAUUUUGGAGCUGAACAUUUUCGCUUGUAUUUUUUGAUUGUAAUAAUGAUAGAAUAGACAUUUGGUAACAUGUAUGUACAUAAGUAUUUCCCUCAACUAAUAUUAAUAAACUGUACAAACAUAUGUACUUACCAUGUAAGCUUA